GUUUAUAGUUCAACAGAGAGUGAGAGAACAGCAACAAACUUUGUAGCGGCACACUCAAACUGACCUUUUAGUCUGGCUAUUGCGUCAGUUAUGGCUCAAAUGUGCAGAAAGUGGAUAAAAAGAGAGAAGUUUGUUGGUUUCCCGAAAAGAGAGAACCUAGAGAUUGUAGAAGAGAGUCUCCCUCCGCUGGAAGAUGGUGAGAUUCUCCUGGAAGCUGUUUACCUCUCAGUUGAUCCAUACAUGAGAUAUGGUCGGGUUUACAACAGGAAAGAUAAAGACAGAGAUGACAUAGGCCUUGAAAUGCCUGGUACACAAAUUGCAAGGGUAAUUCAAUCAAAGAAUCCCAAGUAUGACGUUAAUGAUCUUGUGCUAGCUUAUUCUGGGUGGGUGACUCACAGCAUAUCAAAUGGUGAAAAGGGUAUUCAUAAAGUACCAGUCAAUGGCUCACUCCCUCCUUCAACUCGUCUUGGAAUAAUUGGAAUGCCAGGUGCAACAGCUUAUUUUGGUUUGCUUGAUAUAUGCAAGCCCAUCAAAGAAGGCGAGACAUUACUAGUGAAUGCUGCUGCUGGAGCUGUUGGAUCUGCUGUUGGUCAAAUUGGAAAGAUCAAAGGAAUGAGAGUUGUGGGUUUUGCCGGCUCUGAUGAGAAAGUAACCUACCUCAAGAGCCUGGGGUUUGAUGCAGCAUACAAUUACAAGACAGUACCCUCACUGGAGGCAGCCAUUAAAGAAUCCUGUCCUAAUGGAGUUGAUGUCUUCUUUGAUAAUGUUGGUGGAGAUUUCUUUGGUACUGUACUCCCACUAAUGAAUAAAAAGGGACGUGUAGCCAUUUGUGGGGCCAUUGCUGAAUAUAAUAGAAAAGAGCCUUUGAGUCAAACUUGUCCUAUUAAUCAUCUCAUCUUAAGAAAGCAAUUGAAUGUUAGAGGAUUCAUCAUUCUUGAUUGGGUGGAUGAUUGGGACAAGGCUUUCAGCAACAUGAUAUUUUGGAUACAAGAUGGUGAUCUUAAAUAUCGUGAAACUGUUUUUACAGGGUUUGAUAAAAUGUUUGAUGCUUUUAUGUCACUUUUUGAAGGAACAAACAUUGGGAAAAUCAUUGUAAAAAUCUAACCAACCACUUCAAAGCUGCUGUCAUUUGGACUAUAAAAAUAAUAUAUUCAAUCACUAGAGAACAGAUUUUAUACAAGACUUUAAUAGAUUUUAUGUAUAAUAAAAAUAAUAAAUAAUCAA